AUGGUAAGUCUACCAACACGCUACUCGGACGUCUCCAGGUACGCAGACGAGCUCGUGGCCUUCUUGCAGGAGCCGCUCUCAGUGCAAAUCACAGGCGGCAUACACGUCAAUGAUGCAUUCAUCUCUGACGCUUGGGACAAGCUGCCUGCCGAAUGGACACAAUGGUGGGAGUCGCUGACCAGUCUGAGGGAUGCGCAAGACGAUCUGAUCAAAAGCCUCCAUAAGGAUCCAGAAGCAAGGAAGGUAGAUUUACCAGGCCGACCAGAGAGUUUGACCCGCUGGCUCGAGCGCAUACGUAACAUCAGUCUCGACCGAGAUCAGCUGGUCCUCCCGAGAGAGAUGGAGCACGUCGAACUCCCACGGGCGACAAUCAGCCGCAUCAAGGUGACGAAGAAGCUCGCCGAGGUCCAGGUAGCUGCUCGCUUCAUUCAGCACACCUGCAGGACCAACAACAUCAAGCGAGUUAUCGACAUCGGAAGCGGUCAGGGCUACCUGGCCACGACUCUCGCCUCUGUAUGCGGACUCAGAGUCCUUGCCGUGGAUGGGAGCGCGAAGCAAAUCGACGGUUCGAAAGCUGCCGCCAGGUCGGCAGGCCUAGCAGAAGGCAAAGAGAUAACACACCUCGUUCGCUUCGUCGACGGCAGUGGUAGCCUCGGCUCGGAAAUCCAAGCCUGGGCUGGAGGGGAACCAUGUCUCCUCACCGGGCUUCAUGCCUGCGGGUCUCUCUCCGAGCACAUGGUCCGCCUCUUCACCAGGGUUCCGUGCAUAGCCCGGCUAACAGUCGUGGGAUGCUGCUAUAACCACAUCACGCCUCGCAGCCCGUCCUGCCCGAAUGGAUUCCCCAUAUCGCAACACAUGCGUCGCCGCAACCUGGCACUCUCUGCCUCAGCGCUGGUCACGGGAUGUCAAGCGCCGACAAACUGGGUGCCCAACCCGGACUCCAGGUUCGUUCGGAAGUACUGGUAUCGCGCUGUUCUCGAGAAGAUGCUCUACGACAAGGGAAUAUCCACUGCCGGAGCUCGACCAGUAUGGGGUAUCCGAACCGGGGAUCUGGAAAGUUUCGAAAGCUACACGAAGAGAGCGGCCGGGAGUCUCGGCUUGAAGAUGGGGUCGGACAUCACAGACGAAGACAUUGGGUUGUGGAAUCGGCUAUCGCCCUCGACCGAUGUUUCUAUCUGCAGGAGCACGAGACGGCAGAUGUCGGCGUACUGCCUCUGUUUGAUUACACGAUAA